UUUAUUUUGCCUCCCAGCCGUGACACCACUGUAGUGCAGUUGGACCUGACGUCUAACAUCCACAGCAUCACACACUCAACCAACCAACCGGUCACGGCGGCUUUGCACGUGAGUGUCACGAGCAGCUGGUUUACCACAACAGAGUCUGCCAGGAAUUGCUAAGGCUGGUUAGCAUGGCCACUGAUGACGGCAGAUAAAGAGUUUUCCUGGAGCGCUGUGGAGCCAACCUGAGAGUGGUGGAGGAGUUGCUGAUGAAUUUCGAAUGGGACGUAUGUGGGAAGAGGAAAACAAAACCAAGAAGCAAAAGAUCAAAACGAAUCAGAGGGGACAGCAAUAAGAGCUGCUUAUGAAAGACAACUUGCGCCCGUGUCGCAUUCUUCAUCUUCUCACCGUGCCACAAAAUCCCCAUCAAUCUCUGUCACAAUCCGUCCUCUUUUCCUGUGAGCAUUCCCUUUAUUCUCCCCUCCUUCAGAACAUAGCUGAACCCCCUUCUACAGACCAGUGAUCCAGGCAGCAGCAAAAAAAAACAAAAAAAAACAAGGGGUGACGAGACAAGCUGUCACUAAGCACAGGAGGGACCCUGACUCGCUGCUGGGUGUGAGAAAACAGCUGCCUCUCAAUUAAGCACAUGGGCUGUUAAUGAACAGAGAUGGCGGUGAGACUGGCCGGUGCCACCCUGUCCUCUCGACCACCCUCCCGCCCUCCGACAGCCUCUGCCCGGACAGGUUGAGGUCGGUCCAUCGGCAUCCAUCGCAGCAUCCACAGCAGCUGGCUGAGCGUGGGAAGGAGCAGUAUGCAGGAAACUGACCUACCAGCUACAAAUGCCUUCAAAGAGUGCAAGUUCCACUGCACCAACGGGAAUUGCUUGCGUCUGGGCUCGCUGAUCUGCAACCAGCUGAAUAACUGUGGGGACAACAGCGACGAGGAGAACUGUCCCGUGGUGACCCAGCACCCUCCACCUGGAAUCUUCAACUCUGAACUGGAGUUUGUUCAGAUUGUCAUCAUCAUCGUGGUGAUGACAGUGAUGGUGGUGGUGAUCAUCUGCCUGCUCAACCACUACAAGCUCUCCACCUGGUCCUUCAUAACACGGCAGAGCCAGGCCCGCAGGCACGACCACGCCCUGCAGCAGGAUGGCUGUCUGUGGCCUUCAGAUAGCGGAUCCCGACAAGGUGCCUCAGAGGUAUUAUACGCUCCCCAGGCCAGGGAUCGCUUCACCGCUCCCUCCUUCAUGCAGCGCGACCGCUUCAGCCGCUUCCAGCCCACCUACCCCUACAUGCAGCACCAGAUCGACCUGCCGCCCACCAUAUCGUUGUCAGACGGCGAGGAGCCCCCACCGUACCAGGGGCCCUGCACGCUGCAGCUCCGCGACCCCGAGCAGCAGAUGGAGCUGAACCGGGAGUCGGUGAGGGCGCCGCCCAACCGGACCAUCUAUGACAGUGACUUGAUCGACAUAGGGAACGGCGGCGGCCUGGUGGGGGCCGGAGGAGGCCUUGGAGGAGGGGGCCCGAGACCACCCAGCAGUAACUCUGGCAUCAGCGUGGCCAACUCCUGUAGCCACGGGCGCAUGGAGGGGCCCCCGCCGGCAUACAGUGAGGUGAUGGGCCAUUUCCCAGGCUCCACGUUCUUUUUACACCAGCACAGCAAUAACCAGAGAAUAGGGAGACCAGGGGAUCCGGGGGGACUGGGAAGCAGGACGAUCCAGCAGCAGGGCCAAUCAGAAAGCACAAUAGUACCUGCCAAGGCCAAGGAUGGCCAACCAGAGGACCUGGUGUGAGGAAAGGGAGAGUGGGGCAGGCGGGGGCCAAGCACCCCGGACUCAGCACCGUCUCCUAUGUUUACGGCUGACAUGGAAGUAUCGGCCUCUGUAUCGCUCUGUCGCUCUCAUGUCCUCUCUCCACACUCCCACGCACAAACAAAUCUCGACCCGAGCUACAGCAAAACAAGGAAGGAGAAACCCAGAGUUGAUUUCAUUUCACUUUCUAUCCAGCUGGCACCGCUGGGGAAUUUUUUAUUUCCUCCUUCUCUUGGAGAGAGAGAAAAACUAGCUAGCACAGCCUUUGGGUUUUUUUUCAUUCGGUCAAAGCUCUACCAUGGGGAUGGAGGAGAAAGUUCCUUUUUUCUUUUGUCUUUUUGAUUUGCUUUUCGGACCGGGAUCUGUGCACAACGCGAGAACUGAGAACCCAGGACAUACAGAGAACACAACAAAAAACAAAACUAAAGACUCACAAACCCAAAUCUUAGUGCCAAGGUUCACGAGGAAGCAAAGCAAAGAGGGCAAAUAACAUCUUCUAACAUUCACAACACAAAAAGAAAAGUUCCCUAAAAGUUGCACUAUCUCUUUUGUCGUAAGAGAGGAGGGACAUGAUGUCAUGUGAUGCUGAUGUUUGUGUUUUCAUUUUAUUUUUGUUGCAGGGUUAAUCUUUGCUUUUUGUUGUUUUGUUUUUUGUUUUUAUCGAGGGUUUCUUUUCAUGGAUGGACUGAACGACUGACUGAAGUCUCGCUCCAAAGUUGUCAAAAACUCAAAAAAAUGAAAAAAAAAUUUAACAAAAACUAA